UCAUGUCCGACGUUGUAAUUUUUUCUCUCAUUUUGUACAAUCGUAUUUUAAUUUACAGUUUCUGAAAAUGCAUUUUGGUUGUUGUACCGUAAGGAUAAAGCAAUGCCGAAGGGGGGUAGGAGGGGGAAAGGGCAAAAGAAAGCAACUGCCUGCUCCUCGGGAGAUGUGAGUUUAAAUGAUUAUGCCAAUGCCGUAUGCUGUCCAUCGUCUAACUUGCGGGUUAAAAAGGGGAGUGCUAAUGCAAUUCAAGCUGAAGUGCGACUGCUUACCAAACCCGAAGGCCAGCAGUUGAAAGAAGAGUUGAACUGGUUUGAGAAAGACCUUGAUGAUUUCGACAUUGAUCCCCAUGGUAACAAUGAACAAGAGGAUGAGGAGGAUGUUCAGGAUUUAUCUGAGGGUGCUGUACUGUCCUCAGGAGCUGCUGCAAGUCUACCGGUAAGACCACGGCGUAGGAAGAAACAUUCGUCUGUGUCAUGGGAUGUAGAGAAGAAGGGACGAGUGUACCCUGUCGAUCUGUGGUAUAUUCUCUCGGAGUACAUCUACCCAGAAGACAUUGGUCGGUUUGCCGCUCUCUGUCAUGACACGUACCUCAUUGUCUGCUCGUGUGCAUUUUGGAGACAACUCUACUUGAGAAAUUACGACAAGAAGAUCAAACUGCCUGAUGAGAUAAAACCGCAGAGCAUUGAAAGAAUCCGUGGCCUGAGGGCGAGGGUGAUCCGCUCCAUGUACUACCUGUAUGCCCCACUGUCCGGCCGCUCCGUCUCCAUGGUUCCCUUCGAGAACGAGCCACACAGUCUGCAGGGACAGCGGUGCCUCCUGGCCUGGCACCAGCCCGUGAAAAACACCUGGACGUUCUGCUUCAAGUUCCUGAAGCUGCAGUCGACGACAUUCCGACCGGGGCCCGUUGAGUCGUCCGGACGAGACAUGCUCCCCGGUUACAGUGAUCUCUUCUACAAUCCCGAGGAGGGCUGUCGCAUCAUGGAGAUCCAGUGUCAGAACUUCGCGUCCAUUCCCAUGGUGAUGGGCAUGGUGUUGAGCCAUGUCUGUCUGACCGUCAGUGCCCGAAUGCGACACUACCGGCUGCGCUUGCUCUUUGACAGCAUCCUGCAGCAGGGAAAUCAGUCUUCCGCGGAGAGAAUUGUCGACCUCGAUCCGGUGGUGAACAUCAGGAUUGUCCCAUGGUGGGAUACAAAGUAUCCAUUUACGUUUUGAUACUUGUUAUUGUUUUUUGUUUUUUUACCUUUAUUUCGUAAUUGUUGUAUGGUAAGUGUACCAGUGGUGAUGUGAUUUAGUUACUGGUGUGAGAUAAGUAGAACGUAUUAUGGAUGUUGCGCUGAAAGAAUUGAAUAUAUUUCAAACAAGAGUACUUGAAAAUGUGAUUUUGUUUUUGUUUUGGGGGGGGGGGGGGGGGGGAGGGAUUUGAAAUUCACUGUUGUAUAGUUGUGAGAUGUGAAUUUGGUUAACCUUCUAACUGCUGGAUUAAUUUUUGACAAACAAAUAUUGAGGGGGGUACGGGCUGAUAACUUUUACUCACAUAUUUUCACUUAAAAUCUUAGAAAUACAGAAAAUAAUGUUCUUUUGUGAAAGGAUUAUUAUUAUUUUUAUAUUUUACAGUGAUUGAUGAUUUACAUUAUGCAAAAAAUCAAUCAAGUCUUGUUUACUUAUAUGCAUUUGUGUCCAGAUGUCUAUUAUUUAUGGCCAUUAUUCCCAGUUACUGUGUUUUGCUGACUACAUUAAAAAAAAAAAAAAAUGAUUCAUAUUAUUAUUAUAUUUAGUGAUUUUUGUUGUUGAUAAAACAGUCAAGUUGGCUAUCACUAUCGGCUAUCCAUUUUUGAAAAUGACCACAAUGUUCAGCCAUUGUUGUGAAAUGAAAAUAUUUGCUGAAAACCACUCUUUGAACUCAGUUGUUGUGGUAUUAUUUCUGACCAGUGCCAUGUGCAACACAGUAGAAAAUACGAAUGAGUGGAUGCACUGCUUGUGGUUUAGUGUGUCGAUGUGUAGCAUUGGGUGAGAUAUUGGGCCAGCAUUAUACAGAAAAUUAAGUAGAAUUAGGGGAUAACUAUGUUGUAUUUGACCAUUUGCUGAUGUUAAUGCUGGUUUUACAGUUGCAAACGAGUUUUGCCGGCGGAGUGGAGACUGUAAAACGAAUAUUUGCGACUGUAAAACCAGCAUUAACAUUCACAUGUGGUCAAAUACAACAUAUUUUUCCCUAUUCUAAUUCAAUAAAUGCAUUUUAAAAAUCGUUUAAAUAAAAAACAAAUUGGAAUGAACAAAAAUCUGGUCACUAUUAUCAUGAUUUAAGUCAUCCACCUUAUAAAAUAAUUAUAGCGCAA